ACGACGUGAGGCGUUAACCAGAGGUCUCAAAAUGACGAGGGAACGCAAGGCGAAGAAACCGAGAAACAAGAAGAAAAGCAAGAAAGAUGGACCUGAGACGUCACAAGAGACGAGCGGUGGCACGGAAUCGGAGAGGACCAGUACUCCUACUGAAACGGCACCGAUGGCCAAGCGAGGUCCAGCCCGGAUGGAACCAUGGCGCCGGCUGUCAGGCCCAAGAUUGGUUCCGAUUUCAUUGAGGCCAGAUGACGACGAGGAAGAUGAAAAUGGCGAAUCAGAGAUGCCAAUUAAGCCCUACAUGAAACUUAUUCCGGCGGCUGUCGUCGUGUUCAUCGUGGUCUCCUCCACCGUGGCUGUCGUGGUGCUCACCACUCUGCAGAACGGCGCACUGACGGGGCAGUCUGCCGCACGCUCACCAGUGGCGCAAUCGGACUCCAGGUCCGCCACUGACGUCGCAGUGCCGCUGCUUACGCCCGAGACGAACGAAGGGGAUUCCCAGCCUUUCAAUUUCAGCGGUAACGGGGCGGAAAACGCCACCACCGGGGUAGGAGAUGCCGCACCAUGGCGCCAGAAGCGACGUUAAUAACACAAUGCGUACGCGAUUCACGGAGUA